AGAGAGGAGAGCUUGUGAGGAGAAAGAGGGAGGGAGCUGGAGGCAGCGAGGCUGGACCACCGCUCAAACACUGCAGUCUUUCUUUUGCUUCUCUGAGGAAACUGUCUUUCUCUUGCUUCUCGCUCCCUCUUUUCGCUCGGCCAUGACCCCGCUGGACACCUUGAUUUCUCUGCCCACUUAGAGAAGAGGAGAGGAGCGCUGUGGCGGAGGAGAGGGACACAAGAGGAGGGGGACACCGCACACUUUUCCUCACUGAUGAGAGUCUGGAAAUUAAUUAACCGCCGUCAGCACAGAGGGGAGACUGGGAGGGAGUUGAGAGCGCGGACCGCUAGAUGUGCGAGGAGUAGUCUGUGGAGAGUGGCAGCGUAAACCCCCAGACACUUUUCAGGGACAAGUUAGGGCAGGCAGUUUUCAGAAAAAAAGACAGAGGAAAUUGGGAAACGCUGCAAUUCCAUGGGGAGACAAUUGAAAUCCUGACACCCAGGAACGAUCCGCUCACACGCGUCAUCCAUCCUCCCAUGCUUCUGUUCAACUCCCGUCUCACGCUCAUAACUCCAUCCUUCCCUCUCAUCUCAUCUCAUCCUUCUUCUUUAUUUUUGCAUGUCAGCAAAAGCACAUCGAGAGCCGCAGCCACUCUCUCAACGCUCGAGUAAGACCCGAGCGUAGCGUUCCAUCCUCGGCGGAUGUUGUUGAUCUAUUGCCGAGUGAGAGAAGUUGAUUGGUCCGAGAACAGGGUGGCAUUACUUUUGCGGGCCGGGAGCACCUGCUCGGGGAUUUCUCAUGAGACCAGGUAGGACGUUUGUGGAUCGUUUCUGCCUUUCUCCCCGAGCAGCUGGAGAGGUCGAGCUCUCCGCUCGUUUGCCUGAUUGAAGCGUUACGAGAUGAAACUGCCAGCCAGCUUAUCUCACAAAGCAUGACACCUGUGUUUGAGGGAUUACAAAGAGAGGGAAAGAGAUGUGCAGGUGUGUGUGUGUGUGUUGGGAUUAUGUCCUAAAUACACAGAAUUACACAGGUGUUGCAGCAGGAUUAUCCAACGUCUGGCUGUGAACAACAACAAAAAAAAAAGAAUUAAAAAAAGGACUUGAAGUCAAAGUGAAGGGGGAGCAGGAUAUCUCUGGCAGAUUAACUCAGAUCAGGUGCUAUCACACUUUAGGUGGAAUUAAAUCUGCGUCCCGGGGUUUGAAAGGCAUGAUGACUGUUUGAGCUGAACCUGGGAUAAGGUUAGAGGCAGCAUCCAUCUCUCAGCCCCCCUGUGGAAUAAACUCCUGGUCCCUGACUGUGGACUCUGCUCAGAUCCAAAGUAUUGAGAGUGACGAUUAAAGGUUCUCCAUAAUGAGACGCUCCAGCACGGACGAGACUCCGUACCGGCGCAGUCCGUCUCUGGACAGCAAGCCCGACACGCCGCCCUUCACUUCUGGCUUCCAUCGCUUCAGUGGGGAGUUUGAGUACAAGCGGCCGCCCUUCGCCUUCGGCUUCCACACGACGAAGGGGCCGCAGACGUCCAAGGGGCGCUACGCCCAGGGGAAGAAGUAUGUGGUGUUUUACCUGGACCUCUCCUUCAUAUUCCUCCUAGAACUGCGGCGCUGCAGGAUGGCCGAGGGCUGCAUGAUGGCCCUGCGAUAUGGAAUGGUCUUCUUCAACCUCCUCUUCUGGCUGGGAGGAUGUGGCAUCCUGGGGGUGGGCGUGUGGCUCUCGGUGACCCAGGGGAACUUCGCCACCCUGUCAUCAUCCCUCCCCUCCCUGUCGGCGGCCAACCUGCUCAUCGCGGUGGGAACCAUCAUCAUGGUGAUCGGCUGCCUGGGCUGCGUGGGAGCCGUCAAAGAGAGCCGCCCCCUGCUGCUGACGUUCUUUAUCCUUCUCCUGCUCAUCUUCUUCCUGGAAAUCCUGUCCAUCAUGCUUUUUUUCAUCUAUCAAGACGAGAUCGAUCACUACGCCCAGCGGGACCUGAAGAAGGGACUGCAGCUGUUCGGCACAGAGGGCAACGUGGGUCUGACCAACGCCUGGAUGAUCGUCCAGACUGACUUCCGCUGCUGUGGAGUCAACAACCACACAGACUGGUUCGAGGUGUACAACGCGUCCCGCGUGCCGGACUCCUGCUGCCUGGAGUACAGCGACAACUGCGGGCUGGACAACCCGGGGACGUGGUGGACCGCGCCGUGCUACGAGCGAGUCAAGGACUGGCUCAACGAGAACCUGGUCGCUCUCUGGAUCUUUGCGCUAUGCACGGCGCUCACACAGAUCCUGGGUCUGGUUUUCUCCAUGACAAUGUUCUGUCAGGCUGUGAAAGUGGAGACCUUCUACGCCUAGCGAUCGACCGCUCCGCCCUUCAGCACACUUGGAUUGUUUCUCAUCAGAGAGGGACGGAUAUAGACCACACCACCCUCCUCAUCCUCCUCCUCCUCCUCCUCCCCCCCCCCCCCUCCCCUGACAGACUCUUCUCUCCCACACUCGUCCUCUCUGUGACAUUCGCUCUCGGGUGUCACCGGUUCACACUUUUUCUGCUAACUAUCAACAAGCACAGUGUCGGUGUAAUCCUUGAGUUCCUUUGGUUUGCUCUGUGUCAAAAGCUAAUUUCUGUGAUACAUUUUAUGAAACAGUAUUAUUACCAUGUAUACAAAAAAAUUAAAAAAAAAAUCAGCCAGUGUAACUCCCGCCUCCCCCCUUCCCUUUUUUAAUAUGUGUAUUUCUUUUAAAUUAUUUUACAGUUUGUAUGUGUUUUCCAAAACGAGAGCUACAGUUGAGAAAAGUGCACUGAUGAAGUGCUGCAAGCGCAUGUCUCCUGCCAUGAUGUGUAUUAAAUGUUUUGGCUCAACUAA